AUGGUCACAACAGAUGUGAGCUCUAUACACCCAAUUAUGGGUGAAAGGGUAAGCAUUGAACCAUUUAUAUAUCUUGUGCCCAUGAUUUACGCCAUAAAUAAAACUCUAUUAUUAAUUUUCAACUCUAAUGAAACCCAAAAUCACCUCUUUAGUGGAGCCCACCUACCACCAAGCCCCAAUUUCGAUCAUAUCAAGAUCAAAACCUACCCACUGAUGAUCAGUGAUGAUUUUACCAAGAUAGAAUAAGCUCCCUUGAGCAAGCCAGGAUGGGUCCCAAUAUCUUGUGACAAUGAUCUGUGAGCUGCAAUAAGCUUUCAGUCAUCUAAACAAUGCACAUGCAUGAGAGAGAGAUCCAUUGAUCAUUCAUGUUAACUGAUCUUGACCAUGCCGACAGUUUGAAAACUUUGAAUAUUUGGRCACAUGUUCAUGCUAUGAGACCCUGAUAAGACUUGAUUUAAUAUGUCGACUCUGAUUUUGCAGCAGCAUACACAAUGGACCUGCAGUCCACAGACCCACCCACCCCUCCCGCCACUGAUCUCGCCGAGACCAGCCCAACACCCAAAUUCAUCCCUAAUGCAUUUAUAAAUAUGAGAAGGAGAUCAUCAGGAGAGUUAUUAGUUAGUUACCUCGUUAGUUAUUUCGGUUAAGAUGGCCAUAGAUGAGUCCUUCAAGAGACCAGGAGCCGUGCCAUUCAAGUGGGAGAUCCGACCAGGUGUUCCCAAGGCCCAACCACCACCACCACCUUCUCAAAAGUCAUCAGCCGAGCCACGGCAGCAGCUCAAGCCCCCGCCUGCAGGCCUAUGCUUUUUUCCUCCGGCUGAGCUCGGCAGCCGCUCCAUGCGCUCGCUCUCUCGACCACGGUCUGAUCGCUGGCGCUUCGAUCAGCCUCAUAGAGCGCACUCAAGAAGUCUUUCACUCGAGUGCUUCCCCGCUCCAUUUCCGAAACGAAAGGGUAGCAAGAAGAGCACUGAUGAUCAGGUGGAGGAGGCCGAGUUCGAUUAUGCCUCCAACCUCGAAACAGUCUCCCGCUGGUUAUCGUCCACCACUACCUGCAGGAAGCCUCUCUCCCCGUUCCAUGACUCUCCUUCUUCCUUCUCAUUUGUGUCUGUGACAUCUUCGUCCAUGUCGAGCAGGAGGUCCCCCUCCCCGUUCCGCGGCUCACCCUUUUCCUUUUACUCUGGGUCUGCCCGAUCGUCCCCGCGAGGAGCAGCUGAUGCUGAGUGGGCAGGCUUUGGCCUCUUCUAGAGCUGCUGGGCCAUGGAGCUUGGUGUUUGUCUCGUAUAUCAUGAUUGUCCUCAUAGAGAUUAUUUUCGAGUUAUCUAUGCAUAUGGUUGGUGGCAAUUAAUUACUCUAGUUGAGUCCCUGGUGAGCCUCCAAUAUUGAAAAUGGGGAUUCUUGAUCCAUCACAACAGUGCACUGGGAGAUCCCCCAUAUAGAAAAAAAAAGAAAGAAAGAAAAGUCGACAUGAUCAAACACUUUCUGUAAUAAAUCAAAACUUCUAGAUGCAAAGAAAAUAAAUCAAUUGCCCCUCAGAUUUCGUUUGUUUUUUCCA